UAGAUGGCAGGAAGCGCCCGCUGCUGGCGCACAGCAAGAGGAGGAAGAAGCAGACCUCACACGUGUUCCUGCACCAGAGUGUCAACAUGGGCAAAAGAAAACAAAAUAAGCAGUUUCUAACUACUUUAUCCAAAAAACAGAAGAAGCACUUGAAGGAGUUUGGAGAGGAACAUCCUUUUCACGAUGUAGUUAAUGAAAGACCUGAAAAAACUCAAGUAAUGGAACUGCCGUCAAGUCCAGAACAAUCUGAGUCAGAGGCCGAUGAGCUGGAACCAGAAGAAGAAGAGGAGGAACCAGAGCAGAAAACAGCCUAUCAGAAACUUCUUUCAACUCUCAGCCAACCAAGAGGUGAAGCUCAGAGCGAAGAGGAGGACAGCACAGAUGAUGAGGAGGAGGAGGAAGAAGAGGAGGAGCUUCUUGGUGAAGAUGAGAUUGAUGCUGAGGAGGGAAGUGAGGGUGGUGAUGAAGAUGAAAAGGGAGAAGGAGAACCUGCAGAUGGAGAGGAAGCUUUGAUGGAAGCAGGAGAUGGGGAGGAUGACAGGAAGGAGCUGGGAGAUGAGUUUGUAGACAAAGAGCAUGAGUCCCAGUUCUGUCUGGAGACCAACUUCACGGGAAAAGGAGAACAGGAGGAAACACGGGACGAAGAUAGUAAAGACAUGUUUGUCCAGCAUUUGGACACAGAGCUUGACGAAGAGGACAUGCAGAAGAUAACAUCGGGCUGCAAAUCAAAGACUCAGAUUACGUGGCCAAAGCUGGGAACUCUGCUUUGCACCAAUCCCCUGGAGAAGUUUGGCCCUAUCGGCCCCCAGACAGACACAAACCUCCCAGUUUUCCAUAAACUUGUGGAGACACGCUGGAGGGAUCUGAACCAGACGUUCAAUCAUAAAGGGCAGGCCGAAGAGAUCAGCCCUCUCCAGCUGGAGUUGCUGGCCCUAAUGGGCUCCUAUAAAGAUCUGUACUACCCGGAGACAUGCCCUGUCAAGCAGGGACCACAUGUGCGCAGUGCAUAUUGCCUCCAUGUGCUUAACCAUGUACUGAAGGCUAAUUCUCAGGUCCUGGCUCAUAACUCACAGUUGAAAGAGCAGAAGAGUCGGACUAAAGCCGGAGCCGAGCCACAGGAUGAACUCCGAGACCAAGGACUCACCAGGCCAAAAGUCCUGAUCCUCGUUCCAUUUCGGGGAAGCGCGCUGCAGGUCGUCCAUACGCUCAUCAGCCUGCUGGAGACUAAAGGCAAGAAAGUGAUGGUGAGCAACAAGAAGAAGUUCAAGGAAGAAUUUGGAGAGGACGAGGAUGAGAAGCCGCCCAAUUUGCAGAGACCAGACGACUAUAACGCUAUCUUUACAGGCAACGUGGACGAUCACUUCAGGAUAGGUGUCUCCAUUUUGAAGGGCAGCAUGCGCCUCUAUGCCCCCUUCUAUUCAUCCGACAUCAUCAUCACGUCUCCUCUGGGCCUUCGCACUGUGCUGGGAGCAGAAGGAGAACGCAAGAGAGACUUUGAUUUCUUGUCCUCUAUCGAACUGCUAGUGGUGGAUCAGGCAGACGUCUUCCUCAUGCAGAACUGGGAGCACGUGCUGCAUGUGAUGAAGCACAUGAACCUGCAGCCGCUGGACUCCCACGGUGUCGACUUUUCCAGAGUGAGGAUGUGGAAUCUGAACAACUGGGCCCGAUACUACAGGCAGACGCUGGUUUUCAGCUCCAUUCAGGACCCACAGAUCAACAACAUCCUCACCAAGCACUGCGCCAACUACCGCGGACAGAUUGUCAUAAAGAACAUACCAAAAACUGGUUCCAUCUGCCAGGUCUUGGUCCAGCUGCCUCAUGUCUUCCAGAUGUUUUCCUCCGCCAGCUUCAUCGACCACGAUGCUCGGUUUCAGUUCUUUAUAGACAAAGUGCUGCCGCAGUACAAGGAUUCGGUUAUGUCACACACUCUGAUCUACAUCCCGUCUUACUUCGACUACGUUCGGCUGCGUAACUACAUGAAGAAAGAGGAGAUGAACUUUGCCAGCGUCUGCGAGUACUCCAGCAAAUCCGAGGUGUCCCGAGCACGCCACUUUUUCCAAAAGGGGGAGAAACAGUUCAUGCUCUUUACGGAGCGCUUUCACUUCUACAAGAGGUACACAAUCAAAGGGAUCCAGAACCUGAUAUUUUAUGGAUUGCCCUCCUUCCCACACUUCUAUAGCGAGGUGUGUAACAUGCUGGCAACAGCAACUCAGGGGGAGGAGGCCAGCUGGACCUGCACGGCACUCUACUCGCGCUACGACGCUCACAAACUGGCUGCCAUCACCGGAGCACAGCGAGCAGGACAGAUGCUGAACUCCAACAAGGCUGUUCACCUCUUUGUCACGGGAGGGGAAGACAAAAAUGUGUGAUGACACUGGAUGAAUAUGAAAAGGACCACUGGAGUAAAUUGAGCAUAGGUGUUUACCAUGCUUAAUAAUCAGGAAAGUUUCCAAAUGCACCAGAAAACAUGUUUAUUGGCUUUGUUUUAUGGUCUCCUGCAACAACAUUCCUUUCAUUUGUAAAGAGAUUAUUAACUUGUCACUGAUAAGAAGAGUUGGAUGUUUAUUAUUAAAAACUUUCCUUAUCUUUUA